AGGCUUGUUCUCGAAACGAAUAAAUCGGCGUCGGUUAAAGAACCCAAAACUUUUCCUUUCUUCCGCAUUUUUACGUCUCUCUUCCUGAACGUGUCUUCUUCACACUCUUUCUCGCGCUCGCGCGUUCUUCCGGUCGUCUGUCACCGGAAUCAGAUCUCUCCAGCGAAUCAGCCUUCGAUCAUCUCGCCGGAGAUACUAAAAACCCUUCAAUUCUUCGAUCCUGUUUCCGAUUAUCGAAUAAUCACCAAAUGGCGUUCUUGUUCUUCUAGGUCUUCAUUGGACCUAAGCCCUCUUGAUCAGCGACACAGCGAUUUACCUCUACCUUUUACCGUCUUCAUCAUUAUGGCGAUCAGGGUUACCUUCACCUUCUCCGGCUACGUAGUCCGGAAUGUUGCUUCCGCCGCCGGGAUUCGGGUCGGAACCGUCGCCUUACGCUCUUGCUUCAAGUGCUUUGUCCAACCCAGAACAUUCGGACACAACCAGAAGACGGAUCUGCACAAGUCUCCCGGUUCCAACCCGUGGGUCGCUGGUUCUGGGUCCCGAUUCCGACCGGCUUCCAUGUACAGCACCAUCGCGAGGGGAGAAGAUUGCCAGAGGCCGCUUGUGAUGGGUCUGAUAUCGAUCAUGAACUCAACGGGAAGUGUUCAUGAUCCUUCGGGGAUGAGCGUCUUGGGGAUUUCGCGUUUCAAGGUCUCUUCUAUCAUCCCGUUCCUUCAGGGGUCGAGGUGGCUUCCGUGUAACAAUCCGGCGACGUUUUCGUCGGAAAGUGAUACCGUUUUUAGGGGAGGAACGGCGGCGCGUGACGACGACAAAGGGUUCAGUGUGAAUUUGGGGUUAAAUGAUAAGGAUUUUGGUGGGAAGAGUGGAUGGAUCAACAAGCUUUUGAAUUUCUGCUCGGAGGAUGCGAAAGCGGCUUUCACGGCGAUGACUGUGACUCUGCUUUUCCGAUCUGCGCUUGCGGAGCCGAAGUGGAUCCCAUCCGCGUCUAUGCAUCCUACCUUGGAUGUGGGUGAUCGAGUUCUUGCAGAGAAGGUUUCUUAUGUUUUCAGGAAGCCAGAGGUAUCGGAUAUAGUCAUCUUCAAGGCUCCUCCCAUCUUGCAGGAAUUGGGUUACAGUUCUUCUGAUGUGUUCAUAAAGAGGAUAGUUGCAAAGGAAGGUGACUGGGUUGAAGUUCGCGAUGGGAAGCUCUCUGUAAAUGGCACUGUUCGAGAAGAAGAUUUUGUUUUAGAACCACUUGCCUAUGAAAUGGAACCAGUUCUCAUCCCCGGAGGUUAUGUCUUUGUCCUAGGAGACAAUCGCAACAACAGCUUCGAUUCUCAUAACUGGGGUCCACUUCCGAUAAAGAACAUCGUCGGCAGAUCAGUGUUCCGGUAUUGGCCUCCGAGCAGAGUAUCCGACAUCAUUAAACCCGGACCCGAUUGUUACAAAAGAGAGCUGUUGCGUUUUCAUGGACCAUGAACAGAGGAAGCUAUCUCUGAUCGAACGUUGAAGUGAGUUUUGAUCUUAAGACAAAUCAGAAAUGGAAGAGAGGAAGCUGCUCCAACCAUUUUUGGCGCAGGAACAGAGUAGUAGCCUCCAUGGAUGGUGAUUUCCAUCGACUCUCUCUCUCCCCAUUGGCUCUGCCCUACAGUGUUAUUAAUUCCAUAUUCUUUUUAAAACUCAAAUAAGUAACUAAUUAAUUUUUUUUAAGAACUAUUAGAUUUUUCUAUCAGUGUUGUAAGGUAACCUAUAAAUAGUGAUAGUUUUUAUUUUUAGUUUUUGGUUUUUA